AUGAGAUCCUUCGCCCACGCUUAUAUGCUUUAUGCCUUAUUCUUUUUAAUUUUAACUUGCAGCAGCUUUGCUCGGCCAGCUUCCAGCUCUAGCAUUUACGACCUCAAUAAACGAGAUUGCAAGCCGAAGCAUAUCGGUUAUCAGUGUCUUUCAUCACGAGUUAAUAUCAGAGAUAUCAAAUCGACCAUGAAAAGCGCUUGUAACAAGCUAAAGCAACGGAAGAAUAAAAAGGGGUUCUUGCUCUUUUUAAUAAAAGUAUUCAAAGCCACCGUUACGUCCAAGCCUUUCCCCGAGACCGAGAAAUUUGGGUUUCCAAAGGAUGCUCAGAUGGAUCUCGUGCCUGAAUCUGUUCCUUUCAUACACAGUUACAAUUAUGUUGUAUUCUCGCCGUCAAAAUGCGAAUUUCUCGGAAUGGUACGCGAAAAAACCGAUUCGGGAAAGGUAUCGUAUACUAGCUGUGAAAAGACGACAUGGCCACUAGACUGGUUAGAAGUCAUGGAUUCACGAUCUCGGGAGGGAUAUGAGAUUGAAGAUCUGGAGGAAGAUUGUUUGCAGAACUAG